AUGUCUCACAUCGUGAAACCGGUGCACGCUAGCCUCCUCAUGCAAAUGCUGUUGGACGGCAAUCUGUAUGUGGCCGUCACUUGGGCCUUCAGCUACUUGCUGAACAUGUUCGUUUAUGAGUGGCCUCGCUUGAAGCUGUCCAUGGUGCUGCUUUAUGUUGUGACCGUGACUAUCGAGAGCAUGCGCAUCUAUAUGGGCUACGUCCUCAAUCUGAGCCCCAAAGGGCCGCACUCCAAGCUGCCGCUCGCUUUGGCCCUGGGCGCCUGCUUGCCCAUGAUGUGCCUCAGCUGGUAUCUGUACGACGAUCGCGCGAUCUGGAUGCGCGUCAUCUACAAUGUCUGGACAUUCUUCAUAGUGCUCGAGCUGAUCGUCGCGGCUCACAUCAUCUGGAAGCGUGUCAGGAAUGUGCAGCUUCGGCCCGACUGGUCCGCAAUGGAGGCCAAUCUAAUGGCACGCCGCCGCCGCAGCGCCCACUCGCACCAUGCAGACUCGUUCCACGUACCCUCGUGCACUGAUCAUUUGUAA